ACAAACCGGUUUUUUUUUUCAUUUCCGCGUAUACAGCUAGUUUUAGAAGGACUGUAGCCUUCCAGGCAAGGCGAUGUGUUUUGAACACAUUACCUGGACAAAAUUGAACCAAUAAAUAUAUUUAUUACAUUUCUAUAUUUCCUUGGACACGCAAGAUAAAACCUCAAAAUCAGCAUAAAGAGCGGCAGAGCAAUGAGCAACAGCGCAGAGUCGGUCCAGAUGGAGGAGGUCCGGCUGAGAGCCCAGUCGCUGCUCUCAUCGUCAGGUUCGGCCCAGGACGUGAAGGCCGAGGUCCUGACGUUAGCCAGCAUCGCUCUGCCUGUCUCAGAGAAGUACCUUCAUCUGACGGCGGAGGAGAUGCUGAGGGAGAACACGGUUGGUCGCCAUAAGCUGGAGGUUUUGGAGUCAUUGAGCAGACUCGUCAAAGCUCUGAGCAUCCUGGAGAAAUAUGGUUGCAACCUGACCAGUCCUACCAGGCCCAGAUACUGGAGGAGCGUCAAACACAACAACCCCGUCUUCAGAACCACAGUGGACGCCAUCAAGGGAGGUCGGAGAGUCCUGUUCCUGUACGGAUACACCAACCAGCAGAUCGACGGCCUCAGUUUCCCCGAUGAGGUCACCGAGCCGGACUGUAAUAAAGUUGCCGCGGUUACCCUGGAGGUGAUGACGCUGCGCACAGAAGUGGACAUGCUCGUCAAAGGCAUCCAUCCUCAUCCUGAAUGCUUUGAAGACAUCAUCCCCUGUCUCAUCCAGCCGAAGAAGACGUCCGACGACUCUGUGGUGAAUCUGCUUGGAGACUUGGGAGAAAAACCUCCCACCUCAACUCCUUUAGCUAAACCCAUUCCUUUGCCGCGGCAGACACAAUUUCCAAAGGCACCAAAAGGAGAGCUUUUUACACCAGUGAAUAAACCUCCACCUGUGGUCAGUGAGUGUAAUUUGUGUGGCGGCUCUUCAUCACUUGUUUGUCCGUCCUGUGAAAAUAAGCCUUUCUGCGACGCUUGUGAUGACCUGUAUCACCGCCACCCCUCCAGAGCCAGUCACAAGAGAGACAAAAUACAGAAAGCCCCACAGGAGACUUGCAGCAUCUGUGGUAUUUCCUCUGUUCAUAUUGAGUGCUCCACCUGCAUCCAGAGGUUGUGCUUGAACUGCGACAGGCUCUUCCACUCCCACCCUGAGCGCAGAGGACACAGCAGGACCAACCUGUCUGCCACCGCUACAUCCAGUGCGUCUCUGUCCACCUGGGAGUGCGCCCACUGCACUACAAUGAACGAGACCAGAGCCGUCCUCUGCACAACAUGCGACCGUCCUCGACUUGCCACUCCUGCAAUAACUGUUCAAGAUGGCACCGGGUCCGGACCAACGUCACAAAACACCGAGUGGGAGUGUAAGAGCUGCACAGUGGUGAACCAAGGCAGCAGCAUCCUCUGCGAGGUGUGUGAGCGCCCCCGUCUGGCCACUCGCCCGCCUGUCCUCCCAGCGCCAGAGUUUGGAUCAAAGUGGACCUGCCACUUCUGCACCUUCGUCAACUCCAAGCCCUCGGCGGUGUGCGAGAUGUGUAGCCUGCCCUCCAAAGACUCGCCCAGGGCUUCUGGGAGCCAUUCUCUUCAGCAACCACCAUCCUUCACCAAGGAGCCACCUGAACUGGGCGGGACGCCUCAGCCGAAGCCCAGAGCCACUCUGGAUCAUAGGAGGCAGAAGAUGAUGAGGGAUGAUGGCCUCGCACUCAUCCACCAGAUCAAAGAGGCAGAAAAACGAGGAGUCAGCCCCGAGGAGGUGUACGCCGCUCUGAGCAUGUGCGGCAGCAGCAGCGUCAACCCCUGCGACUGGCUGACCUCUGAACUCCCCCACCUGCUGGAUGAAAUAUGCGCCAUGGCCGCUUCCGUCCAGGCCAACUACAGAGUGGGGGGCAGCAGGAUUCAGCACUCGGUGGAAAGAGACGGGGCGCCGCCGGAGCUGAAUGCCGGCGACGGCGACACGAAGCUGUCCAGAGCAGAGGCCAAACUUGCCUGGCUGGCAGCGGGAGGAGACAAAGACAAGGCUGUGAGACAGCUGCUGAGAGACAGACAGGUCAAGAUGAGGGAGCUGCAGUCGCUGGGCUUCCAGGAUGUUUCGCAGUGCGAGGAGGCGCUGCGACAGAGCGGCGGCGACAUUAAAGGAGCCCUCUCUCUGCUCCAGCGCCCUCUAAUGGAACCCUUCCACCAGCGCAUCUGGCUUGACCAGCCCGAGCCGCCGAUCAAUCCCAAGCAUCCAGACAAGCAGAGGAUGUGCAGGCGUCUGCUGGCGUUAUACGACCUGCCCAGCUGGGGGCGCUGUGAGCUCGCCCUGUCUCUGCUUCAAGAACCAGAAAUCAAUUACUCCCUGGAGGAUGUGGUGCAGGCUGUGAAAGAGUCUCAUGACAGGGAGUUCAUCAGGCGUCUCCUGAACACGGAGUGUCCCGUCUGCCUGGGCAUCUUCCCCCGCAGCAAGAUGCAGUCUCUGACGUCCUGCCAGUGCUCAGUCUGCCAUGAAUGUUUCCGGCAGCACUUCACCAUCGCUGUCAGAGACAAACACAUCAGGGACAUGGUGUGUCCCGCCUGCUGCGAGCCGGACAUCAACGACCCCGAGCAGCUGGACAGCUACUUCUCCACGCUGGACAUCCAGCUGCGGGACUGCCUGGAGCCUGAAGUGUACGAGCUGUUUCACAAAAAACUGACGGAGCACGCCCUCAUGAAAGACCCAAAAUUCCUCUGGUGCUGUCAUUGCACCUCCGGCUUUAUCAACGACGGAAACCAGCUGAAGGUCACCUGCCCGUCGUGCCGAAAGAGUUUCUGUGCUCAGUGCAAGAAACCGUGGGAGCCUCAGCACCAGGACGUAUCCUGCGAGCAGUUCCAGCUGUGGAAGAGGGAGAACGACCCGGAGUAUCAGAGGCAGGGCCUGGCCGGUUAUCUGAGGGACAACGGCAUCACCUGUCCUCAGUGUAAGUUCCAGUACGCUCUGACCAAAGGCGGCUGCAUGCACUUCACCUGCUCCCAGUGUCGGCAUCAGUUCUGCAGCGGCUGCAACAACCCCUACUACAAGACUGAGUGCAAGGUGCCUCAGUGCAAAUGCUCGGGGCUGCAUGCUCAUCAUCCUCGGGACUGCCUGUUCUAUCUCAGAGACUGGGACGCAGAUCGGCUGCAAGCUCUUCUUCAGCGGGGCGGCGUGGACUUCAACACUGAUCCUUCCAAUGACUCCCAAACAGAAACAUGCGGCGUGAUGGAGCAGAAGGACGAAGGCGGCCAGCAGGCCGAUUCUCCAUGCGGCGUUCAGUCGCAGCCGGGACAAGCUGGACUCUGCAUGAAACACUACAGGGAGUACCUGGUGAGUCUGAUCAACGACCACAUGCUGGACCCGGCUCUUCUCUACGACGAACGGGAGCUGGUUAUAGCCUGUGAGAGAUACCUGAUGGAUUCCAAGAAAGGAGAAGGGGAGGACGACAACGCUUAUAGCGCUCGCCUGAAGAAGGCACUGAUGGAGGUUCCUCUCGGAGAAAAAGUUCCUCGAAACAAAUAAACUAAAAGCAGAAAUCUGUUCCCUAAAACUAAAUAGAUUUCCUUUGAAAUCCUCACUUUUCUGGAGUUCCUGGAGCUCUUUUAAUUCUUCAAUGAGAACAAACCCAUUUCUGUGGCGUUACUCUCCAACCAUAUAUCUGUGAUCACAAACAUAAUAACCGUGGUGGUUUCUCCUUUACAGACAUAUUUAAUUUAAUUUUUCUGCCUUUUGCAUACAGUUCUGAAGG